AUGGCGAGCUCUACUCGAGGAGGAGCUGCUGCCGGGUGCAGUGGUCCUGCCGAUGGCAACGACCUGGCAGAGAAGGCACUGCAUGCGGGCAUCGAAGCCGUUUGCAAUGCUAUGUCCGGGGAGGUUCGUUUCACGAACGAAAACGAGGCAGCGUUUGCUCUUCUGCGGAAGGGGUGUCGCCACUGCUGGGGCCGCACGGGCGGAGGAGAGGCCUUGAGGCAGGUGCCUGCGGAGAAGCAGGCCGUCGUUGUGGCCUUCCUAACUCGCAUUGCGGAGAUCCGGCGAGGGGCGUUGCGGCGGGUGCAGGAGCUGGGAGCCAUUUUGGCCAAGGCGUCGCCUUCCUGGCAGGAGCUCCUGGCAGGCUCAGAAGCUCUGGGUGGGCCAGAUGGGCUCCUAGUCGAGGAACUGAAGGCGUUGGGUGUCCCUGCGACAACUGCAGGUGAGGCGAAUCUAUCAGCGCCUGUGUUGGAGCAUGAAGCCAGAGUCUUCCUUCGCGAGAAGAAGUCACAAAGGUACUUGUCCAUAAUCAGCUCAUCGACUGAUGCUUGCAUCAUGAUGACCGAGCUGCCCGUCUCGCUUUUCGUGUGCUACUUUCUCGGCAAAGGCCUCUCGGAGGCCUGCGGCUCCUUCAGCACGGAGGUCUCGGAGGAGACGGAUGUUUCGUCUUUUUCUUCGCAGUUGUCCAAGUCAAGGCUGGCUGAGCUCGAAGGCGAGACUCUGGAAUUUGGCUUGGCGCACGAGGGAGUCCCGUCCUGUGGCCGCUUUCUGGGCUCCCGAAGGCGCUGGACAGAAGUGGAGCUUUGCUGCUCCAGUCGCAGCUUUGGCAAACGUGAGCGCUGGAGUCGUGGAUCAGGUGCUUCCUUGCAGCACCAAUCCAGUGGUUUGUGGCUCUGCGUGGACCCGUGCAGUCCGAACAAAGUCAGCUUGAGCUCGCAAGAGCACAGUGCUUGGGAGGCUGGGGCAGGGUCUGGUUAG